AUGGGUUCUAAAGCAGCGAAGCGAACACCGGCCAAGGAUGGUCGCUCGCCAAUUGCAACUCGACGCUCAGCCUCAAAGAGCCUCAAGGCUGAGCAGACGCCUUCACCAUCGCCUGCCAAGUCGGCAUCGUCCAGAAACCGAACACCACGCAGCGGGUUUACCCAUCGUCCUCCCACUGCUGAAGAACGAAAGUCCAACGGCCGCGUUCCUGGUCGGAACUUGAUCGUUUGGGGACGUCCUCGCAUGGCGGAGAAACUUCUCUUGCACAUGCAGUAUGAACUUGCACGCCACAAGAUUCAGGUUCCCUGGGACUAUGUGGCUCAUCGUCUUCAUCCAGGAUCCUCCGGCGCAGCCAUUGUUCAGCAUCUUAACAGGAUCCGGCGAGAACUGGUUGCUAAGGGCCACCUCGUUCCGCCAGCUACUUCACGCAAUGGUGCCGUCCCUCCUGAAUCCACUGACCCAACUGUCCGAGGCUACGUCCGCAAGGACAUGGACGGUGAAGACAAAGAGUCUGUUCGGCCUGUGCCCUACGAUGAAAUCAUGGAUGACCGCAAGUUCAAUCUUCCCAGUAUGGACAACCUCGAUGUCAUUGCCGAGAGUACUGAGCGUGAGCUCAACGAUACUGAAGACAGUGACAACGAGGAUGGCCCAUCUCAAAUGAACUCGACUAGUCCUUCCGGCGAUUCUGUCAAGUCCAUGAACUCAUUCUACCAUGCCCAGCCUAACUCCAAUGCAUACGCUCAGCUCCAGGCACCUGUCUCUUUCGCUGAUUCCGAGCCAGGCUAUCCUGCUCUGGGCGCAAUGCCAUCUCCAGCUGAUCAGAAGUUCUUCCCCGGCAAUGGCAAUUCGCCUCACAAAUACCACGGAGAGAAUGAUGGCCAGUAUCCUGGAUUUUAUUUCCCAGGCGCUUCAUUCCCGAACCCGAUGAUGUACAACCAGGCCAUGCCAAGUGAUCCUUUCUCAUUCGCUCAGCCUCAAGGGCAAGAUGAAUCAUCAUCAGAGAAACAAGCAAAUCACUCUGCCAAAAAUGGAACAGCCGGGCCUAUGCCUAUGCUCCCCCAUCCCAACUACCCUUACGGAUACCCCUGGAUGCCGUUUCCAAUGAACCCAUACCUUGCCUAUGGGCCUCCAAUGCAGGGAGCUCGCCAGCAGACACCAGUGAAUCCCAAGGGAGAAUCACCUCGCGGUGAUGAUUCUUUUGUUGUUCAAGAUGUGCAGUCGGAGCAGCCCAACAUGGAUGACCUUUUUGAUGCCGACCUCAGCGAAGAGGUUUCCCUUCAAACUCUACUUGAGGGGGACAAUGAUUCCCUUGAGACUGUACAGGAGAACGAAGAUUCUUUUGAGACUGUACUGGGAAACGAAGAUUCCCUUGAGACUGUGCUGGAGAACGAAGAGCCAUUCCAGAAUUUGCCCGAAGAGAAUGAAGACUCUUUUCACAAUUUACUAGAUGAGGAAGAGCCCCUUCAGAAUUUGCCCGAAGAGAAUGAAGAUUCUUUUCAAACUUUACUCGAGGAGAGUGAAGGCUCUUUUCAGACUUUCUUUGAGGAGGAUGAGGAGUGA